CGCCUUCACUCGAUGCCGCCAUGGCUCCACCCCGUCCCUGGCACGCUGAGAGCAACGGCUUCAGUCGCAGGCUGAGGGCGGCGCGGCCGGCCCGAUGGCCGCUGUGUUCCUGGUUACGCUGUACGAGUAUUCGCCGCUGUUUUACAUCGCCCUGGUGUCCGUCUGCUUCCUCGUCACCAGCGCGCUCGUCCUCGGCUGGUUUGGCUUGGGUGUUCCUGUUAUUCUGAGGAACUCAGAAGAGACAGAAUCCAGCACAAGGGUAUUGAAAAAGCGGAUGAGACAAGUGAAGAAUCCUUUUGGGUUGGAGAUCCCUAAUCCUGCUGUAGCUUCAGUAACAAGGGGUGUAACACUGACACCUGACUGCCUGGAGGACUGUGUCCUUACCUGCUACUGGGGCUGCAAUGUCCAGAAACUCCACGAAGCGCUGCAGAAACACGUCUACUGCUUCAGAAUAAAGACUCCUCAGGCAUUAGAGGAUGCUCUCUACAACGAAUACCUCUACAAACAGCAGUACUUCAUUAAAAGAAAUGACAAGGCAGAGAAGUAUUGUCAGUUACCAGAAGAUGCUCAAGUUGUGGAUUUUGGCCCUGUGCCUAGAGCUCGCUAUCCCUUGGUAGCACUGCUGACGUUGGCAGAUGAAGAAGACAGAGAAAUAUAUGAUAUUAUUGCAAUGGUAGCUGUAAUUCACAUUCCUGAUGAAAGCUACAGACUUUCCUGCCGAAUUUUGUAUCAGUAUCUCCUCCUAGCUCAAGGUCAAUACCAUGAUCUGAAGCAACUCUUCAUGUCUGCAAACAGCCCUGCACCUUCCUCCAGUGAUACCUUCCCUGGUGAGAGCAGCACUGACAGAGGGCUGCUGGAAAAGGCCGGGCUGGCUGGAGAUGAACCAGAAUUGCAGGAAGAAAACAGCAAAGACUGUGUUGUUUGCCAGAAUGGCCCUGUGAACUGGGUCCUCCUGCCCUGCAGACACACGUGCCUGUGCGAUGGCUGCAUCAAGUAUUUCCAGCAGUGCCCAAUGUGCAGGCAGUUCGUGCAGGAGUCUUUUCCACUUUGCAGCAAAAAGGAGCAAGAUGAGGAUGAAUCGACCCAUGUCUUGCAAGAUGUUCUUCCUGGAAGAGUUUUUUAACAGGAGUUAAAAAUAAAAGACCUAGGUUAUGUGCGCUAAGAUUAAAUGUGGAAGCCAGACUAUUUAUGGGAGGAUAUGUAGCAUUAACUUGUAGGAUUUUGCUUUUUUUUGUUGGGUAAUUUUCGGCUUCCUUAUUUUUCCUCGCUCCAUAUGCUCACAGGAGUGCUGCUUACCCGUGCAAUGUGGACAGGAGAAGUGCGUAGGAUAGCUCUGAAGGAUGUGAUUUUAUUUAUAACUGCUUCCUAGAUUUUCUUGGAGCACUAUUGGAGGCUAUUUCGACUACUAAAUUUAGGCUGUCUACUAAAAAAAAAAGAAUUAAACUUGCAAGUGCAGUUGCCCAAGGCUCAUUCUAUAUUUAUUGUGUUUAAAAUACUAGAGCUGUGUAUCGUUUUAACUCGGUAUAAUUUAGGAACUUAGCACUUUACAGAAUGUACCAUAUGAAGGAAAGUAAAUAUUCUUCAUCGUUAA